AUGACGUCACAGGGCGUGUCCGCCCUGGCGGAAGCCCGGGCAGCGCAUCCCAGGCGAGCGCGGGUUCCCGGGGUCACACUUCCUUCCCGCAGGGACCUGAGCCGCGGCGCCAGGAUGGGAAACAGUGCCCUCCGCGCUCAUGUAGAAACGGCGCAGAAAACUGGUGUGUUUCAGCUGAAGGAUCGCGGGCUGACUGAGUUCCCCUCAGAGUUGCAGAAGCUGAGCAGCAACCUUAGGACCAUCGACUUGUCCAACAACAAGAUCGACAGCCUCCCGCCGGUGCUGAUAGGGAAGUUCACUCUGCUCAAGAGCCUCUCCCUGAACAACAACAAACUGACUGUUCUGCCCGAUGAGUUAUGCAAUCUGAAAAAACUAGAGACGUUAAGCCUGAACAACAAUCACUUGAGAGAGCUGCCAUCUACCUUUGGACAGCUCUCUGCCCUCAAGACCCUGAGUAUCUCUGGGAACCAACUGGGAGCACUACCACCCCAACUUUGUAGCCUGCGGCACCUGGAUGUAGUGGAUCUCUCUAAAAACCAAAUUCGGAGUAUACCUGACACAGUGGGAGAGCUGCAGGCCAUUGAACUCAACCUCAACCAGAACCAGAUCUCUCAGAUCUCAAUAAAGAUAUCUUGCUGCCCUCGCCUUAAAGUUCUUCGCCUGGAAGAGAACUGUCUUGAGCUCAGCAUGCUUCCACAGAGCAUUCUCAGUGAUUCCCAGAUCUGUCUGCUUGCUGUGGAAGGGAAUCUUUUUGAAAUAAAGAAGCUUCGAGAACUGGAAGGUUAUGAUAAGUACAUGGAGAGGUUCACAGCCACCAAGAAGAAGUUUGCAUGAUGUUCUCCAGGACCAUGGGGACCUUACAAGAUGUUGACUUGGAACUUCUGUUGGAUUCUGGCUGAGCCAAAGGCUCAGACCAUUGUCAAGGAGAUCUGCAGAAAGGAGAUGACACUCCAGGAAAUUACAUUUCACUCAAUGACCUUUCUUCCUUUUCAGGGCUAUCUCAAGUAAGGAGACAGAGUCUUCCAUUUUGAGUCAUGAAUAGGGCAAUGGACAAUAAUGAUCUUCAACACCCAUCAUUAGCUUGGCUUUAAAAAACCAGUCGCUAGUUGCUAUUUAUACAGCGAGGGGGUGCUGCCUGGUAACAGAAUAGCUCCACACCACAGCUUGGAAUUACGUUUCGUUUCAAUGUGUGAGCUUCCAUAAAGUUAGUGCCAUUCCGUCUCUGUGUUACCACGUCCUAAUUUUACGAAAACUUGUUAUGGUUAAUCCAAGAACUUAGGAUUUUAUCCCAGUCUGUCUGUUCAGCCGGCAGUUUAUACUUGGAAUUUAGACUGUACAUAAAUAUGUGGUGAUUUUUUUUCCUAUACUGGGGCUUAAAAGUAAGGCCUCACACUUGCUAGGCAAGUGCUGUGAUCUUGAUCAAAGUGUGCUUUGUUGGAAAAGCACUAACACAACACAAAAGGUAUUUCCCAAGGCUGCAGUAGCAAAUUCUCUAUUGCAGGUGCCUUACUGGUAGAAGACUCUGGAGAGCUAAAACUGUAUAUGCAACCCUUGUAAGAUUUUAAUAAUCAAGAUGUUCCUAAAGGUUUGUUAAAAAAAAUCAUGUCUUAUUUCUGGUAAUCUCUUCUCCCUUUUUGUAUUUAUAACUCUACUAAUCAAAUUACCUUUUAAGAAAUCAUUGCUGCAAUAUUUUAGAACAACCCAUGUUAAUUAGGUUUAUUCUCUAAAUAAGGAAAACACUAAAUAAACAAUUUCUAACUAA